AUGCACAGUUUACUCAGUGAGCAGUUCAUCCAGAUGGCAGCGCAAGACUUCUCACCAAUCAUGAUAAAAGUGAUUUUAGGCGUGCUUGCAUCCUCUGCCCUGUCAAAAGGAAUGUUCAUUGGUAACAGAACAGAUAAUGGGAAUUUCACACCUCCUCCUCCGGGCUCACCUGACAGUCCCAUUCUCCCUGAAUAUUGGGGCGCUAGCGGUUAUCUUCCACUGCCUGAAAAUAUUGACAACUUGGCACAAAAUGAGAAACACAUAAUGGAUGAUGGCCCUCCGCAGAUACGCAGUGGCUUCCCAAUGCCAUAUGAGAUGCCCAGUGGGAUGCCUGAUCAAACACAGAACUAUCCAGUGCUGCCAAAUGCUUACCCCUUUCCACCGAGCAACGGGGAUUAUUUCCAAGGGUCCCGCGCGUUCGGCGCACAAGACUUGUCAUAUUGCAAUAUGAUCAUGGCAGCACCUGUGCCACCAACUGCAGAUCAAGUGCCUUGGUUCUGCACUUGCACUUUGUGCAGCGGAGCUAGCGGUGCCCCAAAGGGAGAGAGGGGAGACAGAGGCCUGCCAGGUCAACCUGGGAGUCCAGGGAGUAGAGGCCUAAGUGGUCCCCGAGGUCAGCCAGGUUUUAUAGGUCAACAAGGACUUAAGGGCCAGAAAGGUGAUGAAGGUACGAAAGGGAAUGAUGGUCCAAUGGGUCCAAUGGGAAGGAUAGGAGAGCGAGGAAUCAAAGGAGAUAAAGGAGACAUGGGUAUGGAAGGAAAACCAGGGGACCUAGGAGCCCCUGGACCACCUGGUGACUGCCCAUCAUCAUGUGCUUCUGUAAGCGGACCUCCUGGAGAAGUUGGAUUACCAGGGGCAGUCGGACCUAGAGGCCUCCCAGGAGCCUUAGGGCAACCUGGGGCAAAAGGCUUGAAGGGAGAUCAGGGUGAAAAGGGGAAUCCUGGAGUUCAAGGUGUUUCUGGACUGAAAGGAGAUCAAGGAGAACAAGGUGUGUGCAAUUGCAAGGAUGGGGCCAAAGGUGCAGAUGGAAUAACUGGGCCUCCUGGUCCAAAGGGUGAAAAAGGUAGUAAUGGUACACAGGGGCUGCAAGGGGUAAGUGGGUCAAAAGGUGAGAAAGGUGAACUAGGAGAGACAGGUAUUCCUGGCCCCUGCUCUCCUGCCAUCCAGUCUGCAUUUUCAGCAAUACUGACUAAUAGCAAUCCGAGCCCAGAUAUGCCUGUGCCCUUCAGCAAAGUCAUUUACAAUUUAAAUUAUAACUACAACCCCGAUAGCGGUAUCUACAGAGCUCCUGUUAAUGGCUCAUAUAGCUUCAGCUACAAUGUUUGUGCCUUCAUCAAAGUGCUCAAAGUGGGGCUCUUCUACAACUUUUUCCCAGUUGUGAAAAGCACUGGGCCUACAAACCUCGGUAUGGUCUCUCAAGAGGUGGUCCUGCAUAUGAACAUGGGAGAUCAAGUGUGGAUCCAGGUCAAAGACGCAAACAGUAACGGUAUGUGUGUCGGCAGUGAGAGCAGUAGCACCUUCUCUGGCUUCCUGCUUUACCCAGACAGUUGUGAUGCACCCACUUCCCGAGAGAUACCCAAGCCCAUCACUGGCACGUACAGCUGGGGGGAAACAGAAGAUUAUGCAUAA